GUCGAUUGUCUUCUAUACAUGUAUUUGUGUAUUUGCAAAAGGCCGGCAUAAACAAGCAAAAAUUUAAUAAACAAAAUGUCGCAUUUCGUAAACAUGGAAGUUUUCUCCAAUUAUCAGAAGUACAUAGACAACGAGCAGGAGUUGCGUGAGAACAUUCGCAUUGUGGUGCGCGAAAUUGAGCAUCUGGCAAAGGAGGCCACAAUACAACUACAAGUCAUACACUGUGAUUUGAGCAAAAUUAGCAAUGCUUGCGGCAUGGCACGCAAGCAAAUCGAAGCCUGUGCGGAGAAAUAUCAGAAGUUAUCCGCCUUGGUGCCGGCUGGGCAGUAUUACCGCUAUUCGGAUCAUUGGACUUACAUUACGCAGCGCUUGAUAUUUUUGAUUGCGUUGGUAAUUUAUCUGGAGGCGGGCUUUUUGGUGACGCGCGAAACGGCAGCAGAGAUGCUCGGCUUGAAAAUCAAACAUUCGGAUGGCUUUCAUUUGGACAUUGAGGACUAUUUGCUGGGCAUACUGCUGCUUGCCUCGGAACUAUCUCGCUUCGCCACAAAUUCCGUCACCAUGGGCGACUACGAGCGACCGUUGAAUAUCUCUCAUUUUAUUGGUGAUCUAAACACGGGUUUUCGCUUGCUCAACAUGAAGAAUGAUGGGCUUCGCAAGCGUUUCGAUGCGCUCAAAUACGAUGUGAAGAAAAUUGAAGAAGUUGUCUACGAUGUGAGCAUAAGAGGACUCUCAAAUCCAGUCGAGAGCAAGGAUAAGGAAAGUGCAGAACCUGUAGGAUAACUUUCAGCAUACAUUAAAUUACAACUAAAAAAAGACAUACAGUAUAAGUAAAAGUUCAACUUGAAGCAAGUGCUUUGGAAUUGGCAAAAAUAAUAAAUAAUUGCUGCAAUGAGAA